AUGACGAGUGAGAGUGAAUUCGGGAAAAGUGCGAGCUUAGAUAGCAGCUGUAACGAUUUCAAGAAUGCAUAUGAUCGUUGCUUCAAUCAAUGGUUUGACAAGUAUUUAGAGCACUAUUCACAACAGAGAAUAGAGCAGAGUACAGAAACAUACGAGAAGAAUUGCGGUGGUUUGUUCAAGAAGUACUCUGAAUGUUUGGAGAAAUCCAUAGAAUCCAAACCUGCAUUGAAGGAAUUACUUGAUAAUAACAAGUUGUAA